UUUAGGCGCUUUGCUCCGGGAAUCGACUGGUCGCUGUGGGCCACGGCCUCGGCCUCCAGCGUGCCGGGAGCUAGGACGUCGGCGCGAUGAGGCGCAGCAAGGCCGACGUGGAGCGGUAUAUCGCCUCGGUGCAGGGCUCCACUCCGUCGCCCCGAGAGAAGUCAAUGAAAGGAUUCUAUUUUGCAAAGUUGUACUAUGAAGCUAAAGAAUAUGAUCUUGCUAAAAAAUACAUAUCUACAUAUAUUAAUGUGCAAGAAAGAGAUCCCAAAGCUCACAGGUUUCUGGGUCUUCUUUAUGAAGCGGAGGAAAACAUUGACAAAGCUGUUGAAUGUUAUAAGCGUUCAGUGGAAUUAAACCCAACACAAAAAGAUCUUGUGUUGAAGAUUGCAGAAUUGCUUUGUAAAAAUGAUGUUACUGAUGGAAGAGCAAAAUACUGGGUUGAAAGAGCAGCUAAGCUUUUCCCAGGAAGUCCUUCAAUUUAUAAAUUAAAGGAACAGCUUUUAGAUUGUAAAGGUGAAGAUGGUUGGAAUAAACUUUUUGACUUGAUUCAGUCGGAACUCUAUGCAAGACCUGAUGAUGUCCAUGUGAACAUCCGACUAGUGGAGCUCUAUCGGUCAAAUAAAAGAUUGAAGGAUGCUGUGGCUCACUGUCAUGAGGCAGAGAAAAGCAUAGCUUUGCGUUCAAGUUUAGAAUGGAAUUCAUGUGUUUUACAGACCCUUAAGGAAUAUCUGGAAUCUUUACCGUGUUUGGAGUCUGAUAAAAGUAACUGGCAAGCAACCAGUAAAGACUUACUUCUGGCCUAUGCUAACCUUAUGCUGCUUACGCUUUCUACUAGAGAUGUUCAGGAAAGUAGAGAAUUAUUGGCAAGUUUUGAUAGUGCUCUUCAGUCUGUGAAAUCUUCUGUGGGUGGAAAUGAUGAACUCUCAGCUACUUUCUCAGAAAUGAAAGGACAUUUCUACUUGCAUGCUGGUUCUCUGCUUCUGAAGAUGGCUCAGCAUAGUGAUGUACAGUGGCGAGCUCUUUCUGAGCUGGCUGCAUUGUGUUACCUCAUAGCAUUUCAGGUUCCAAGACCAAAGACUAAACUAAUAAAAGGAGAAGCUGGACAAAACCUACUGGAAAUGAUGGCCUGUGAUCGUCUGAGCCAAUCAGGGCACAUGCUACUAAACUUGAGUCAUGGCAAGCAAGAUUUUUUAAAGGAGGUUGUGGAGUCUUUUGCCAAUAAAUGUGGGCAGUCUGCUUUAUAUGAUGCUCUGUUUUCUAGUCAGUCACCUAAGGAUAGAUCUUUCCUUGGUAGCGAUGAUAUUGGAAACAUAAAUGUACAAGCACCAGAGCCUGAUGAUCUGGCUAGAUAUGAUAUUGGUGCUAUUCGGGCACAUAAUGGUAGUCUUCAGCACCUUACCUGGCUUGGCUUACAGUGGAAUUCCUUGCCUACCUUACCUGCAGUUCGGAAAUGGCUCAAACAGCUUUUUCAUCACUUGCCCCAGGAAACCUCAAGGCUUGAAACAAACGCACCUGAAUCGAUAUGUAUUUUAGAUCUUGAAGUAUUUCUCCUUGGAGUAAUAUAUACUAGCCACUUACAAUUAAAGGAGAAAUAUAAUUCUCAGUACAGCUCCUAUCAACCAUUAUGCUUGCCACUUCCUGUGUGUAAACAACUUUGUACAGAAAGACAAAAAUCUUGGUGGGAUGCAGUUUGUAAUCUGAUAUACAGAAAAGCAAUACCUGGAACCUCAGCAAAAUUGCGACUUCUAGUUCAACAUGAAAUAAACACCCUAAGGGGUCAGGAAAAACACGGCCUUCAGCCUGCUCUGCUUAUAUAUUGGGCAAAGUGUCUUCAGAAAACGGGCAGCAGUCUUAAUUCUUUUUAUGAUCAACGGGAGUAUAUAGGCAGAAGUGUUCAUUAUUGGAAGAAAGUUUUGCCAUUGUUGAAGAUAAUCAAAAAGAAGAACAGUAUUCCUGAACCUACUGAUCCUUUGUUUAAACAUUUUCAUAGUGCAGACAUUCAGGCAUCUGAAAUUGGUGAAUAUGAAGAAGCAGCACAGAUAACAUUUGCUAUAUUGGAUGCAGUUAAUGGAAAUUUAGAAGAUGCUAUGACUGCUUUCGAAUCUAUAAAAAACGUUGUUUCUUACUGGAAUCUUGCUCUGAUUUUUCACAGGAAAGCAGAAGACAUUGAAAAUGAUGCUCUUUCUCCUGAAGAACAAGAAGAAUGCAAAAAUUAUUUGAGAAAGACCAGGGACUACCUAAUAAAAAUUUUAGAUGAUAGCGAUUCAGAUCUUUCAGUGGUCGAGAAAUUACCCGUGCCCCUGGAGUCUGUAAAAGAGAUGCUUAGUUCAGUUAUGCAAGAACUUGACGACUAUUGUGAAGGAGGUCCUCUUUAUAAAAAUGGUUCUUUGCGAAAUAUAGAUUCAGAAAUAAAACAUUCUACACCAUCUCCCACCAAAUAUUCUCUGUCACCAAGUAAAAGCUACAAGUAUUCUCCCAAGACACCACCUCGUUGGGCAGAGGAUCAAAAUUCUUUGCUGAAAAUGAUAUGCCAACAAGUAGAAGCAAUUAAGAAAGAAAUGCAGGAGUUGAAACUAAACAGUAGUAACUCAGCAUCCCCUCAUCGUUGGCCCACAGAGAAUUAUGGACCAGAAACAAUGCCGGAUGGAUAUCAGGGAUCACAGACUUUUCAUGGGGCUCCACUAACAGUUGCAACUACUGGCCCUUCAGUAUAUUAUAGUCAGUCACCAGCAUAUAAUUCCCAGUACCUUCUCAGACCAGCAGCUAAUGUUACUCCCACAAAGGGUCCAGUUUAUGGCAUGAAUAGGCUCCCACCUCAACAGCAUAUAUACGCCUAUUCACAACAGAUGCAUACACCACCAGUGCAAAGCUCAUCUGCUUGUAUGUUCUCUCAAGAGAUGUAUGGUCCUCCACUGCGUUUUGAGUCUCCUGCAACUGGAAUUCUAUCACCCAGGGGUGAUGAUUACUUUAAUUAUAAUGUUCAGCAAACAAGCACAAAUCCACCUUUGCCAGAACCAGGUUAUUUCACAAAACCUCCAGUUGCAGCUCAUGCUUCAAGAUCUGCAGAAUCUAAGGUUAUAGAAUUUGGAAAAACUAAUUUUGUUCAGCCUGUGCCAGGUGAAGGAAUAAGGCAAUCUUUGACAACACCAGCACAUACAACACAGCCAGCUACCUUUAAAUUUAACUCAAAUUUCAAAUCAAAUGAUGGUGACUUUACAUUUUCCUCACCGCAGGUUGUGACACAGCCCCCUUCUACAGCUUACAGUAAUAGUGAAAGCCUUUUAGGUCUCCUGACUUCAGAUAAACCUUUGCAAAGUGAUGGCUAUAGUGGACCCAAACCAAUUCCUGGUCAGACCGUUGGACCUCGAAAUACAUUUAAUUUUGGAAGCAAAAAUGUGUCUGGAGUUUCAUUUACAGAAAACAUGGGGCCAAAUCAGCAAAAGAAUUCUAGUUUUCGUCGAAGUGAUGAAAUGUUUACUUUCCAUGGUCCAGGGAAAUCAGUAUUUGGAACACCUGCUCCAGAAUUGGCAAACAAGAGUCAGGAGGCAGACGGAGGAAGUGCCCAUGGGGAUGAUGACGAUGAUGGUCCUCACUUUGAGCCUGUUGUACCUCUUCCCGAUAAGAUUGAAGUAAAAACUGGUGAGGAAGAUGAAGAAGAAUUCUUUUGUAAUCGUGCAAAAUUGUUCCGUUUUGAUGCAGAAUCCAAAGAAUGGAAGGAACGUGGAAUUGGCAACGUAAAAAUACUAAGGCAUAAAACAUCUGGUAAAAUUCGCCUUCUCAUGAGACGGGAGCAAGUAUUGAAAAUCUGUGCAAAUCAUUACAUCAGUUUAGAUAUGAAACUGACACCAAAUGCUGGAUCAGACAGAUCUUUUGUAUGGCAUGCUUUUGAUUAUGCAGAUGAGUUGCCCAAGCCAGAACAACUUGCUAUUAGAUUCAAGACUCCUGAGGAAGCAAUGCUUUUUAAGUGCAAGUUUGAAGAGGCUCAGGGCAUUUUAAAAGCUUCAGGAGCAAAUGUAAUCACAACAACAAAUCAGACUAUGAGGGUUAUAAAAGAACCCACAAAUCAUGAUAACAAGGACAUUUGCAAAUCUGAUGCUGGAAAUUUGAAUUUUGAAUUUCAAGUUGCAAAGAAAGAAGGGUCUUGGUGGCAUUGUAGCAGCUGCUCAUUAAAGAACAUGGCAACUGCUAAGAUGUGUGUAUCAUGCCAAAAUCUAAACCCAAAUAAUAAAGAGCUCCUUGGUCCACCAUUAAUUGAAACUAUUUCCACUCCUAAAACUGGCCCAGAAAACACUCAAGAUAGAUUUGCUUUGAUGACUCCAAAGAAAGAAGGUUACUGGGAUUGUAGUUGUUUAGUAAGAAAUGAGCCUACUGUAUCUAGGUGUGUCACAUGCCAGAAUACGAAGCCUACUAACAAAAGUGGAUCUUCAUUUGUUCAGCAAGCUUCCUUUAAAUUUGGCCAGGGAGAUCUUCCCAAGUCUGUUAACAGUGAUUUCAGAUCUGUGUUUUCUGCAAAGGAAGGACAGUGGGAUUGUACUGCAUGUUUGGUACGAAAUGAAGGAAGCUCUCCAAAAUGUGCUGCUUGUCAGAAUCCAAGAAAACAGAGCCUGCCUACUUCUGUUUCAUCUCCUGCCUCUUUUAAGUUUGGUACUUCAGAGAUAAGUCAGACUCCAAAGAAUGGAUUUGAAGACAUGUUUGCUAAGAAGGAAGGACAGUGGGAUUGUAGUUCAUGCUUGGUACGAAAUGAAGCAAGUGCUACCAAAUGUGUUGCUUGUCAGAAUCCAAGUAAACAGAGUCUGUCUACUGCUGUUCCAGAGCCUGCCUCUUCAGAGACAAGCAAGGCUCCAAAGAGUGGGUUUGAAGGAAUGUUCACCAAGAAGGAAGGACAGUGGGAUUGUAGUGUUUGCUUUGUAGAGAAUGAGAGUUCUUCCUUAAAAUGUGUGGCUUCUGAUGCCUCUAAACCGAUUCAUAAACCUUUUGCAGAAGCUUCUUCAGCUUUCACAUUGGGCUCAAAAACCAAGUUAAAUGACUCUUCUGGAGGUCAGGUGGGAACAGGAUUUAAAAGUAAUUUUUCAGAAAAAGCUUUUAAAUUUGGCAGUACAGAGCAAGGUUUUAAAUUUGGACAUGUGGAUCAAGAAAAUAGGCCUUCAUUUACAUUUCAGGGUUCUUCUAAUACAGAAUCUAAGUCCACAAAAGAAGGAUUUAGUUUUUCCAUCCCUGUGUCUGCUGAUGGGUUUAAAUUUGGCAUUCAGGAGUUGGAAAAUCAAGAAAAGAAGAAUGAAAAGCCCCUUGAAAAUGAUACUGGUUUCCAGGCUCAGGAUGUUAGCAACCAGAAGAAUGGUAGUGGCAUGGUCUUUGGUCAGACUAGUAGCACUUUUACCUUUGCAGAUCUUGCAAAAUCAACUUCAGGGGAAGGAUUUCAGUUUGGCAAAAAAGACCCUAAUUUCAAAGGAUUUUCAGGUGCUGGAGAAAAAUUAUUUUCAUCACAGAGUGGGAAAGCGGCUGAUAAGGCCAGUACGUCUGCUGACCUAGAGAGAGAUGAUGAUGCCUAUAAGACUGAGGACAGUGAUGACAUCCAUUUUGAGCCAGUAGUUCAGAUGCCUGAAAAAAUAGAACUUGUUACUGGAGAAGAAGAUGAAAAAGUUCUUUACUCACAGAGGGUAAAAUUAUUUAGAUUUGAUGCUGAGAUAAGUCAGUGGAAAGAAAGAGGUUUGGGGAACUUGAAAAUUCUCAAAAAUGAAGUGAAUGGCAAACUAAGAAUGCUGAUGCGAAGAGAACAAGUAUUAAAAGUAUGCGCUAAUCAUUGGAUAACUACUACAAUGAACCUGAAGCCUCUGUCUGGAUCAGAUAGAGCGUGGAUGUGGUUAGCUAGUGAUUUUUCUGAUGGUGAUGCCAAAUUAGAGCAGCUGGCAGCAAAAUUUAAAACACCAGAGCUGGCUGAAGAAUUCAAGCAGAAAUUUGAAGAAUGCCAGAGACUUCUAUUAGAUAUACCACUUCAGACUCCCCAUAAACUUGUAGAUACUGGAAGAGCUGCCAAGUUAAUACAGAGAGCUGAAGAAAUGAAGAGCGGACUGAAAGAUUUCAAAACAUUUUUGACAAAUGAUCAAACAAAAGUCACUGAUGAGGAGAGUGAAAGUUCAGGAUCAGGUGCUGUCAGUGCUUCAGACACAAUAAAGCCAAAUCCUGAAAACACGGGGCCUACAUUAGAGUGGGAUAACUAUGACUUAAGAGAAGAUGCUUUGGAUGAUAGUGUAAGUAGUAGCUCAGUGCAUGCUUCUCCAUUGGCAAGUAGCCCUGUGAGAAAAAAUCUCUUCCGUUUUGGUGAAUCAACAACAGGAUUUAACUUCAGUUUUAAAUCUGCUUUGAGUCCAUCUAAGUCUCCUGCCAGACUGAAUCAGAGUGGGACUUCAGCUGGCACUGAUGAAGAAUCUGAUGUUACUCAAGAAGAAGAGAGAGAUGGACAGUACUUUGAACCUGUUGUACCAUUACCUGAUCUAGUUGAAGUAUCUAGCGGUGAAGAAAAUGAACAAGUUGUUUUCAGUCACAGAGCAAAACUCUAUAGGUAUGAUAAAGAUGUUGGUCAGUGGAAAGAAAGGGGCAUUGGCGAUAUAAAGAUUUUACAGAAUUAUGAUAAUAAGCAAGUUCGCAUAGUGAUGAGAAGGGACCAAGUGUUAAAACUUUGUGCCAAUCACAGAAUAACUCCUGACAUGACUUUGCAAAAUAUGAAAGGGACAGAAAGAGUGUGGGUAUGGACUGCAUGUGAUUUUGCAGAUGGAGAAAGAAAAGUAGAACAUUUAGCUGUCCGUUUUAAACUACAAGAUACUGCAGACUCAUUUAAGAAAAUUUUUGAUGAAGCAAAAAUAGCCCAAGAAAAAGAUUCUAUGUUAACACCUCAUGUUUCUCGUUCAGCUACUCCUAGAGAGUCACCAUGUGGCAAAAUUGCUGUAGCUGUAUUAGAAGAAACCACAAGAGAGAGGACAGAUUUAAUUCAGGGUGAUGAUGUAGCAGAUGCACCUGCAGAAGUUGAAGUCUCUAGCACAUCAGAAACUACAACAAAAGCUGUUGUUUCUCCUCCGAAGUUUGUCUUUGGUUCAGAGUCUGUUAAAAGCAUUUUUAGUAGUGAAAAAUCAAAGCCAUUUGCAUUUGGGAACAGUUCAGCCACUGGGUCUUUGUUUGGAUUUAGUUUUAAUGUACCUUUGAAAAAUAACAAUAGUGAAACUAGUUCAGUAGUCCAGAGUGGAUCUGAAAGAAAAGUGGAACCCAACAAAUGUGAACUAUCAGAGAACUCUGGUAUCAAACAGUCUUCAGAUGGCAAAGUCAAGAAUCUCUUUACUUCCCUUCCAAAGGAACAGUCUUCAACUGAUUACACAUUUAAAACACCAGAAAAGGCAAAAGAGAAGCAAAAACCUGAAGAUCUUCCCUCAGAUGAUGAUGUUAUCGUUAUAUAUGAGUUAACUCCAACCCCUGAGCAAAAAGCCCUUGCAAGCAAGCUUAAACUUCCUCCAACUUUUUUCUGCUAUAAGAAUAAACCAGAUUAUGUUAGUGAAGAAGAAGAGGAUGAUGAAGAUUUUGAAACAGCUGUCAAGAAACUUAAUGGAAAACUAUAUUUGGAUGACUCAGAAAAAUGUAAGCUGUUGGAAGAAAAUCUAGCAGAUAAUGAGAAAGAAUGUAUUAUUGUUUGGGAAAAGAAACCAACACUUGAGGAAAAGGUAAAAGCAGAUACAUUAAAGCUUCCACCUACAUUUUUUUGUGGAGUAUGCAGUGAUACUGAUGAGGAUAAUGAAAACGGGGAAGACUUUCAAUCAGAGCUUCAAAAGGUUCGGGAAGCUCAAAAAGCCCACAGUGAAGAAGUGACGAGCAUGGUGGACAGUAUUUGUUCAGGUGGAACUAAGGUGACCAUACCACUUUUCGGUAUAUCUGAAGAACCUGAUUCUAUGACCAAAUCUCUUAGUUCAGCACCUCUUUCUUCCGGAACUGAGGACAAACCUGUAGAUUUGUCUGCUAGGAAGGAAAAUGAUGGAGAUUCUACAAGCCAAGUAGAAAACAAAACACUUCCAUUUGGAUUUGGAAAUAGUACAGGGUUGUCAUUUGCAGACUUGGCUUCCAGUAAUUCUGGGGAUUUUGCUUUUGGUUCUAAAGAUAAAAAUUUCCAGUGGGCCAACACUGGAGCAGCCGUGUUUGGAACACAGUCAACCAGUAAAGUUGGCGAAGAUGAAGAUGGUAGUGAUGAAGAAGUAGUUCAUAAUGAAGAUAUACAUUUUGAACCAAUAGUGUCAUUACCAGAGGUAGAAGUAAAAUCUGGAGAAGAAGAUGAAGAAAUUUUAUUUAAAGAGAGAGCCAAACUUUAUAGAUGGGAUCGAGAUGUCAGUCAGUGGAAGGAGCGUGGUGUUGGAGAUAUAAAGAUUCUCUGGCAUACAGUGAAGAAUUAUUAUAGGAUCCUAAUGAGAAGAGACCAGGUCUUUAAAGUGUGUGCAAACCAUGUUAUUACCAAAACGAUGGAAUUAAAACCCUUAAAUGUUUCAAAUAAUGCUUUAGUUUGGACUGCCUCAGAUUAUGCUGACGGAGAAGCAAAAGUGGAACAGCUUGCAGUGAGAUUUAAAACUAAAGAAAUGGCUGAUUGUUUUAAGAAAAAAUUUGAAGAAUGUCAACAGAAUUUAUUGAAACUUCAGAAAGGACAUGUAUCACUGACAGCAGAAUUGUCAAAGGAGACAAAUCCUGUGGUGUUUUUUGAUGUUUGUGUGGAUGAUGAACCUCUAGGACGUAUAACCAUGGAAUUAUUUUCAAACAUUGUUCCUCAAACUGCUGAGAACUUCAGAGCAUUAUGCACUGGAGAGAAGGGCUUUGGUUUCAAGAACUCCAUUUUUCACAGAGUAAUUCCAGAUUUCGUUUGCCAAGGGGGAGAUAUCACCAAACAUGAUGGAACAGGAGGACGGUCCAUUUAUGGAGAUAACUUUGAAGAUGAAAGUUUUAACGUGAAACAUACUGGUCCUGGCUUAUUGUCAAUGGCCAAUCAAGGACGAGAUACCAAUAAUUCUCAAUUUUUUAUAACACUAAAAAAAGCGGAACAUUUGGACUUUAAGCAUGUAGUAUUUGGGUUUGUUAAGGAUGGCAUGGAUACCGUGAAAAAGAUUGAAUCAUUUGGUUCUCCUAAAGGGUUGGUUAGUCGAAGAAUUAGUAUCACAGAAUGUGGACAGAUAUAAAAUCAUUGUUUUUCAUAGUAAAUUUAAUCUAUAUAAACAGUUAAAUUAAAGCUUAGCUGUUACACUAUGGUAAUUAUGUUCAGCUUUUAAAAAUGAACGUUUCCAAUGUAUAAAUGUAAAAUUGCAGCUUAUAGCUGUUGUCAUUUUUUAAUGUGUUAUAAUUGACCUUGCAUGGUGUGAAAUAAAAGUUUAAACACUGGUAUAUUUCAGGUGUACUUGUGUUUAUGUACUCCUGACAUAUCUCUAUUAAAAUGGAGUAAUACUAAUCUUGUUAAAAGCAAUAGACCUUCUCAAACUCUUGAAAGAAUAUGAUAUAUGCAAUUUAAUUUUAAUUCCUUUUUUGAUAUUUGGACUUCCUGCAUGGAUAUACUUACCCUUUGAAUAAAAGGACCACAACUUGGAUUUUUUUUUUUAAGAUAUGAAAUAUAUUUCAUAAUCUUAACUAUUGGCAUGCUCACUUGUGUACAGAAACUCAUUUAUGAAUGGGUAGAGCCACAGAGGGUAGAGAAUUAACCUAAGUGCUCUUCCAUAAUUCUUCCAGUUAUAAAUUAAUUUUUAAGUGGGAUACCUUCUUUUCUUAAAAUAUGUAGCUUCCUGUGUCCUUUUACAUUUUAAACAAGUUAUUUCCUUUGUUUUUCUUUUUCUUUUUUAAGCUGUCAUCUGUCUCUACUACCUCAGAAACUACAGCUUAGUUCUGAUAUAGAACUUGACUUUUUUCCUUGCAGUAUUGUGAUAAAAUAUGAAUAUUUUUUAAAAAAAGGUCUAUACCAUGUUCUUUGGUUAAAGAUUUGCUUUAUACUAGAUUGUUUCAGUACCUUUUUCUGGUGAAUUUUGUAGCAGAAAUAAAGUGACAUUGUAACAGCCGUGACAUUUUAAAAAAACUCA